AUGUCCAAGAGCGAAGGAUACACCCCAGUAGUUGCGUCAAACGACGACGAUGAGCCAGAUGACUGGGACAAGCGAAUCUUCAGCACCGGCUGCGCAGCCGAACAGCUUAAGAUGAAUGAUUGUUACUACGAAAAGAGAGAUUGGAGAGCCUGCAAGAAAGAUAUGGAAGCAUUCCGCGAAUGCUGGAAACGUCACGGAAAUGACCAGAGAACAGAAUCCAAAGAUGUCUAG